AUGGUAUCUUUAGAAACAACAACAACAGAUAUAGAAACAACAACAGAUGUAGAAACAACAACCGAUGUAGAAACAACAACUGAUGUAGAAACAACAACAGAUAUAGAAACAACAACAGAUGUAGAAACAACAACCGAUGUAGAAACAACAACUGAUGUAGAAACAACAACAACAACUGAUAUAGAAACAACAACUGAUAUAACAACUGAUUUUACAACUGAUAUAGAAACAACAACAGAUGUAACAACUGAUUUUACAACUGAUAUAGAAACAACAACAGAUAUAGAAACAACAACAGAUGUAGAAACAACAACCGAUGUAGAAACAACAACUACAUCAGUUGAACUGGGGUUGAACCG